AUGGCUCCUCCCGAAGUGAACCAUUUGUUCCACCACCCUAUUGCCGACCAUUCCUUCUCCGCUGAUCGCCAAACUCUGGCUGUAGCCCGUGAGAACAAUGUCGACCUAUUCGAGCGCUCCGGGUCCAAAUUCCAGUUGAAGGACGAGCUGACUGGUCACGACAAAACAGUUACUGGCGUAGACAUUGCCCCAAUCUCCGGCAAAAUCGUAACAUGUUCUCAAGAUCGCAACGCAUACGUCUGGGAACCAUCCCCAGAAGGCUGGAAACCCACCCUCGUGCUGCUUCGCAUCAAUAGGGCUGCUACAUGCGUCCGCUGGGCACCCUCCGAGACAAAGUUCGCUGUCGGCUCGGGCGCUCGCCUGGUACCUGUCUGCUAUUUUGAAGAAGAGGACAACUGGUGGGUCAGCAAGCACAUCAAGAAACCCAUCCGUUCCACCAUCACCUCUGUGGCGUGGCACCCGAACUCUGUGCUCAUGGCCGCUGGCUCUACCGAUGGACAUGCUCGCGUAUUGUCUGCAUUCGUCAAGGGUGUUGAUGCGAGGCCGGAGCCCUCCGCUUGGGGCGAGAGGCUGCCAUUUAACACCGUAUGUGGAGAGUUUCUGAACAAUACCGCAGGCUGGAUUCACAGCGUUGCCUUCUCUCCAUCAGGAAAUGCUCUCGCAUUUGCCGCACACGAUAGCACCCUCACGGUGGUGUAUCCUUCUGCUCCUGAGCAACCACCCAAAGCUGUCGUCAGUGUCAGCACGCAAGUCUUGCCGUUCAUGUCACUUCUUUGGUCUUCGGAAUCUGAGAUUAUUGCCGCCGGUUAUAACUGCGAGGCAUAUAGACUACAAGGCUCUGAGCAAGGCUGGCAGCUGGCUGGCAGUCUGGAGAGCAAGGGUCGGCCAGGUGUGCAGGAUCAGCGGGAGGAAAGCGCACUCAACAUGUUUAGGCAGAUGGAUCUGAAAGGCAAGGUCACAGACGACACCAAGUUGAAGACUGUACAUCAAAACACCAUCAACACGAUCCGCGUCUACGAGGAGAGCGGCGGAAACGUCACAAAGGUUAGCUCCACGGGUGUCGAUGGACGUGUAGCCAUCUGGGCAUUGUAGAUACAAUGAAACCCUGCUUCCCCGAAACUAUCCAGGCGGUUACCCAAUCAACGAAUAGAGCUGUACUCAAUGUGCACGUCGCGUGAAUCUAUAUCGUUGAUCAUUGCAUACGAGUGUGACUUGAUCCGCCAUAGUCAUCAGGUAGUACAUGGUACAAGCCCCGGAAAUUCAUCACUUCGAUCUGUCAAGUGACGCGUGAUUGCAACAGACUCCAGUGACCUCUUCCCGGCAGCACGGCAUCAUUGGAUUUAGUCAUGUAAAGCUGCAAGAGGCUAUGAACUCGACUUUCUCGUGAAGAUGCCGGCUGCUCCUUUCCAAAAGCCAUCGAAAAGAGCCUACCGAUUAUGGGAAGAGCACGUACAUACGCAACUACGAGGAGAUCCAGGGGACCAACCCACGCAUUUCCGGGACUGUACGCAGCACGGUAACAAAACAAAAGCGGUGGUUAAGUUACGCGUUAACAUUGAGCAACCAUAAUAGCCUUCUCCGGUGCCCAAUCAGGCUCUCGAAGGCAGCCAUCAGGUCCGAGUUCAUGUGCUGCAGGUCCAUGUCUCACAGACACGAACUUAAAUACCCGACAUGGCCCACCAAUUUCUUCCAUCACGCCUUCGUGUUCUUCCUUUCCCUCGAGUUCAGUCGCUGGUGCUGGAUAAUGUCCGCAU